UGACAUUGCAGUGCUGUGGCUUCCCUGAGCAUGGGGUGUCGGAUGACAAACGACAGAACGAACUUGUUGCCAGCAGAAUACGUCUAAGACGUUGCCCACAGUUGCGUGUUACCAGUUGUCGCGUCUAGUUCCGAAUGUUCUUCUUCCGACGGCAAAAUGUCAAGCCAGCGCCACGGCCAUCGCGCGCACCGUCCUUUGCCCUGCCCAAGCGACGUCCGCCCGUGCAGCUGACGCCCUCGCAUCAGCAUGAUCAGCUGCCGUUCCUGUCGCGCUCCCGCUUCAGUGCCCUGCCCCAUUUCCGCGCCUACGAGGAGGAGCCGGAGAAUCUGUCGCUCUUCAUUGCCAUCCUGUAUGUCGUGGAUCUGUUUGGCAUCUUCCCCUUCGUCACGCUGCCCGCCAUGCUGGUCCAGUUGGGCUACUUUGGUGUGCUGCUGGUGCUGUCCAUCAUCUUCCUGCAGAUCUACACUUCCUUUCUGCUCUCCCAAUGCUGGACCAUGGCCGAGCACUUGGAUCCCUCCAUCCUGCAGAAGCGCAACUAUCCCUAUGCCGCUCUGGCGGAGCUGGCCUAUGGCCCGUAUGUGAGUCUGUUGGUCUCUGUGCUCCUGGAUCUCAGCAUCUUUGCCAUGGCCGUGCCCAGUGUGGUGAUGGCCGCGGAGAACCUGGAGGCUGUUGUUCUGCGCAUGAGCUCGGGCCACUACAAUUUCUCCUACUGCUACUGGGCCAUCAUUGUGGGUUUGAUCAUCUGUCCACUCAUGUGGCUGGGCAGUCCCAAGCAUAUGAGGGGUCUCGCCAUCAUUGCCGUCUGCGUGAUGAUUCUCAUUGUGGCUCUUCUCUGGUUUUGUUUGUUUGCUGCUCCUGCCAUUGGCACACCCUUCGAGGGCAUCUCCUUGGAGCUACCUGGCUUCCUCACCGUGCUCAACAGCUACAGCAUUCUGGCCUUUCAGUUCGACAUCCAUCCGGUGCUGCUGACACUCCAGAUCGACAUGAAGCGCAAGUCGCAGGUCUCCUGGGCGGCAACCAUUGGAAUUGCCAUUACCUGCAGCGUGGCCAUCUUUGGCUCCAUCAUUGCUGCCUACAAAUUUGGCUCCAUGAUUGCGAACAAUCUGCUGCAGUCGCUGCCCACGAGCGUGCCCUACUACGUGAUGCUGAUCCUCAUGUCGCUGCAGCUCUGCUUCUCCGUGACUGUGGCCAGCUCUGCCAUGUUUCUGCAGAUUGAAAAUUACUUCAAGCUGCCGGAGAGCCUUACCUUCAAGCGCAUGGCCAUACGCUCCACUGUGCUGGCUCUCGAGGUGCUCGUGGCGGAGUUUGUGCCCAGUUUUGAUGCCCUCAUGGAUGUGGUGGGUGGCACCAUAACGGGUCCCCUGGUGUUCAUUCUGCCGCCGCUGCUCUACCGUCGCAUACGCCGCAUGGAGCGUGUCCAUCAGCGCAUCGCCGCCGAGGCAAGCUAUGGCAGCCUGCCGCUGGAUCUCAACUACGAUCCGGUGGAGCUCGAGAUGGAGCCGCUGCUGGUGGCCGCCAAGCCCAACUCGCCGCGCGGCUGCUGGCUGCGUCUGGUGCGGCUGCUGCAUCGCCUCGACUGCGACAUCUCCUGCACCAUGGGCGUGCUGCUCUUCGGCAUACUGGCCACAUUCCUGUCCACCUACCUCAAUCUGUUCAGUCUGCCGAGUCUCUUCACCAACAACUCACCUUGCCUGAGCAAUUGGACGACCAAGCCAUAGACCCAAGCGACUCUUGGCCAAUUACCCCGUCAAGAUCGUUCGAAGAAUCGAUUGCGAAGAUUCGCUGUCCUUCGAUGGGUACAACAAACCUCAAGCAUCUUCAGUUUUCAGUUUAAUGCAACAUUUAAGAGGUGUUUUUGUAUAACACAAACUACAA